AGGUGUGUGUAUCCAGGUGACCUCUUUGCCGGAAAUAUCAAUGCACAAUAAAACUGUGGUGAAGUAAAGAAAUCACAUUAGUCUCCUGCUUUGAUCAGUUCUAAGGACUCACAUUGCCUCACUGUCUCAGUUCGUCGUCCAGGAGCCUCCGCCGUCACCGUUCUCCUACUCUCCAACCAUCUGAGAGAAGUUAAUAUCCCGAUCAUGGCUGUGACCAACCAGCCGGGCAGAUACGAGCCGUCUGACUUCCAGACGGGCCUGUGUGAUUUCUGCGAUGACUGUGGAACCUGCUGCUAUGGUCUGUGUUGCUACCCGUGCCUGGGCUGCUCCAUCGCCAGUGACAUGGACGAGUUCUGCCUGUGUGGUCUGAGCAUGUCCAUCCGCAGCGUCUACAGGACCAGAUACAACAUCGGCGGGUCACUGUGUAAGGACUUCAUGGCGGUCAUGUGCUGUCCCUUCUGUGCCACCUGCCAGCUGAAGAGAGACAUUGACCGCAGAAAGGAGCAAGGCACUUUCUGAAGGGAUGCUGCUGUGACCCUGAAGAAGUAGUGAAUCCGCUGGACUGCUGUGUUGAUGAUUCAGCCCAUCCUUUUUCUGACGCACUCAUUUCUUGAUUAAGUGGUAAACUGCAUAUUAUGUUUUUAAGCGGCUAUAUUUGUGACCUUUUUUUUUUUUUUUUUAGUAUGAGCUAUAAUCCUCUCGGGUCAAUGACAUUCACAUCUUCCAGCCAGUAAAACAUUAGUCGGCUGUGGCGCACCUCGACGAUGGAGAACAAGCGGCGGGUUUUACGGUUAUAAUAAAAAUCUAAUUAUAUCUGUGUGGUCCUCAGCAGUGGACUGACGUGGCGGAGAUUGCUGUUGACUUGAAUUGCGCAGCGUUGCCACGAGGUUGAAAUUUUGUGACUGUCAGUUAUGCCAGUCACAUCAGGGUUGGAAAAUGUGAAUUAAACCCAAACCCGAGGAACUUCUGAUCUAGACGCAUAAUGCUUGUAAUGUUUUUAGAAGUUAAACAUUAAUAAAAUAACUUUUAGUUUCAAAUAGU